CACACGCACAACACACACUGAUUCUUAAAAUGGACGUUUCGAGUCUCCCAAUUUCUCCAUCGCACCGGGGAAAGUUGAUAUCGGCCGGCUACUCUUCUCUAUCCUCUCUCUCCUCCCUAUCUCCUUCCCGUUUAGCCCUAGAUUUGAAGAUUUCGGAAAAUGAGGCGGUGGAGAUUUUGAAAGUAGCAUCUGGAAGGAGUGGGCAAGACAAAAUUGAGAGCGGAAGUCGUGCUAUUGUGAAUGGAGCACAGACGGCAUGGGAUAUGCUGCAUGAGGAGGAAUCUUCCAAAUGCAUCACCACAUCUUGCUCAAAUUUGGAUGAAAUCUUAGGUGGAGGAAUACAUUGUAAAGAAGUUACCGAGAUUGGUGGAGUGCCGGGCAUUGGUAAAACCCAACUUGGUAUUCAGCUUGCAGUGAAUGUCCAAAUCCCAGCUGAGUAUGGUGGCCUUGCAGGGAAAGCAGUUUAUAUUGAUACAGAAGGCAGUUUUAUGGUGGAACGUGUUCUACAAAUUGCAGAGGCAUGUGCUCAAGACAUGCUAGAAUAUAACACCUUGCUGCGAAGGGAUUUAGUAGAUAAACAGCCAAAGUCUUUUCUUGAUAAUAUAUUCUACUUCCGUGUAUGCACUUACACAGAGCAAAUCGCUGUGAUAAAUUACUUGGAGAAGUUUCUCUCUGAGCAUAAAGAUGUUAAGGUUGUCAUUGUUGACAGCAUCACUUUCCACUUCCGUCAAGAUUUUGAGGAUAUGGCACUCAGGACUCGAUUACUCAGUGGAAUGGCACUAAAAGUGAUGAAACUUGCAAAGAAGUUCAAUUUAGCUGUUGUUCUAUUAAAUCAAGUAACCACUAAGUUCGUGGAAGGCUCAUUUCAGCUAACUCUCGCUCUUGGCGACAGCUGGGCACAUGCUACUACAAACCGGAUUAUACUGUACUGGAAUGGCAAUGAGAGACGCGCAUUUAUUGAUAAAUCACCUUCUUUACCGUCAGCUUCAUCUCCUUACACUGUAACAGGACGAGGUAUCCGAAACUCAACUUCAAACUGUAAAAGAGUGAAACUGAUGUAGCUUUUGGUCAGAGAAUAAACUGUAGAGGUUCUGUUUUCUUGGAUGCGGUUAUCAAUAAACAGCCUGCUAAGCUAAGCAUCAUUGAACUUCCA